ACUAUGCGUGUACGCGAGUGCGCGCGUGUUGCGUCGGGGGGCGCUUGCUGCGCGUGUCGGGAGCCAGGUGUACGCCGCGCAUGGAUUGGUGUUUGACGGCGGGAUGAGGGCCAACGCGUCCGCCGUCGUGGUGAACGACAACGCCGGUGCGCUGACCGGUGGCGCGCUGCUGGUGCUGCGUGGGUCGGCGUCGUUUGUGUCCGGGUCGUGGCUGUCGGUGCGCGGCAACAGCAUCAGCGGCAGGCUCCUGUCGGUGCCGUCGUACCCGCGCAGUGCGGACCUUGUGCAGAGCACGCUGACGCUCCACGGGAACGCCGGCAGCGGGGCCGUCGUGAUGGACGGCACCGUUGCGCUUGGGGGCGCCAGUCGAAGGUUCGUCGUGGGGUGCCUGGCGCUCAACGGGCAGGCGCUGGAGCCGAUGGACUACAGGUCUGCCGGCAUUAUCGGGGAAUUCCGUCCUGUGGCGUGUGGCAUGUGCGACGCCGACGUGCACUGCUUUGCAGCAGCGACGAGGGCGAUGUCGGGGUCGUGCCGCUGCCGCUGCGCUGAGGGCGGGUACGGGCGCGACUGCCUGCCGGUUUACCUGCCGCACGUGGACGGGUGCAACCGCACACCCGGCAUGCCGCUGCUGAGCCACACGGUGACGCUGACGGAGACGCGCAGCGUGAAGCCGACGUGGACGCCGAUCCUGAGCACGGCGCACUACAGUCCGACGCAGCACGGGCCGACGGAGACACUGCAGGUGACGGAGACGGUGGCACUGCUGCCCACGCGGAGUCCAACGGCGUCGGUGAGUAGCACGCUGUGGUGGAGCGACGUGGCGUGCCCGACGCUCGCCGUGACGACGACGACGGCUGGCGGGAGCCUGACGCAGAACGACAUUCGCGGCGGUGGGAGCGCCGUUCCAACGCUGCUGAUGGUGGCGCUGCCGCCGCCGUUUCGAUGGGCACGCGACCCGCAGCUCGGCACGCACCUGAGCCUUGUGCUGGUUUCAACGGCGCAGCCGAGCGGGUUUGGCGGUCCGUGGGGAGCGAUGCUGCGCAACGCGACGUGGGUGCGCAACGCGACGAAUCCGUCCACCGUCCUGGAGCUGGCUGUGCCUGUGCACCACGGUUACUUCAUUGCUGCCGACGAGACGAUUGUCAUUCGCUGCGACGCUGCGGCGGUGUCCGGCGGCUGCAAGGGUGUGCUGCUUGGGUCCUUCACGAUCAGGUCCGACACGCUGCCCGCC